GUCUAUCCUCAAAUUGUAAACUCCAUGCACAUAAGAUACUACGCAAUUCCCACGCCGCCGUUAGUUACUCUAUAGAUACAGCCUGGUGAAGAUCAAAGUGGCAGUGUCCAGCUAACCCCGGUAUCUCCGACGACCUACCAUUAUAUCUACAGCAAACAACGCCCAUUCAAAACACUAAGCACCGUAACAUCGGACUAAGUCCUUCCCCUAAGCUCCUUAGUGUAACUGCAUUAUAAUGAAAAUAAUCCUCACCGGCAGCACCGGCUUCAUCGGCCACGAAAUCCUCACUCAAUGUCUCCGAAACCCGCACAUCACAUCCGUCAUUGCGCUGUCCCGGCGCCCGCUCCCUACCAAUAACCCCAAGCUCACGGUCAGACUCGUGGAUGAUUUCCUCACAUACCCUGAGAGUUUAUUGCAGGAGUUGAGGGGAGCGGCGGCGUGUAUUUGGGUGAUCGGGGUGAACAGAACCCGAGAUACCGAAACAGCUCGGAGAAUCAACGUUGAGUAUACGAUGGCUGCGAUGAGGGCGUUCGGCACACAUUUGCCUUCGUGGGUUGAGGGAGGGGGGAAGAAGUUCCGCUUCGUUUAUCUGAGCGGAGGGAUGUCGGAGAGGGAUCAGAGUAGGUCGUUGUGGAUGGCGGGGGAGACGAGGAAGAUUAGGGGACAAGUUGAGAACGCAUUGAACGACUACGAGAAGACCAACAAUAAUGUAGAGGUGUAUAUUGCUCGACCGGGGAUGGUUCUUGCACGGGGAAUGAGUUUGAGAACAGUGGUUUUUGGAAUGGGCCCGUCGAUUUGGGUGGAUGAUUUAGCAAAGGUGUUGGUGGAUGUUGCUGUGAAAGGGGACGGAGAUGGGGAGAGGGUAUUGGAGAAUGAGAGGAUGUUGCGGUGGGAGCAUUAAUUUUAUUACUGUGCUGAUUGUGGGAUCUAGUAAUCGGAUAUUCUGAGAACAAAUUCGAUUUGUGCAUUUAUUCGUUAUAUCGCU